AAGACCACAUCACAGAACGCAUAGGACCUCUGUGCACGCACAAACACACACGCACCCCUUGGACCACAAACCAGCUCCUGGCCACAGAGACUCAGCCCGCACUCUUACAUCCAUCUAGCAGCAAUUUUGCAUACCCUGCACACCCUAUUUGCACAUGCUGGAUCAGAGCUCUCUGUGCACACGGACCCUCAUCAGCUCCAUGCUGGUCCUGCUGCUGGCUCCGGGUGCCGUGGCUGGCUGCAGCAGCGGGGAGGUUGACAGGCAGCUCAUCCUGGAGAAAGUCAGGGCACAUUUCCUGGAGUCCUUGGGUCCUGCUUUUCAAGGUGAAAGGGUCCAGGUGGGACGAAGAGGGAUCCGCCGGCGCCAUGCCUCGGACACACCAGCUGCUCAGAGGUGGGAGGAAGAGGACACAUCCCAGGUGAUCACCUUCCCCUCCAGAGACGUGCCAUGUGGGCCACCUCAGCCUGAUGAGCUCCCGGAGGAUGCGGGAGUUUUCACCUACAUCUUCCAGUCCUCCGCCCACACCCUGAGUCGUGUGGUGACUUCGGCCCAGCUGUGGUUCUACACAGGCCCCGUGACCAUUCAGAGCAGCAACCUCUCAUCAGCAGCAGCAUCAAAUGGCUCUGAGCCACAGGUAGAGAUACUCAAGCUCUCUGACCAAGGCCGGGUCCCUGUGGCUACUAUGGCAGUGCCAGCCCCCGAGGGCUGGACCGUCUUCCACUUUGGGGACUCCUUCUUGCCGUACGUUUCCCAGAAGAUAUUUGUGCUGUUUGUCCGUUGCCCUGGCUGCCCUUGCUUGGCGGAUGCCGAGAAGAUACCCUUCCUCGUCACAGCAACCAAGCCCAGAGGACGUGACCGGGCCCGGCGUUCGUCCGUGGUGCCCGGGACACCAGCCGCUUUCAAGUUACUUAACGAACCUUCAGGUGGCGACUGCCAUCGGGCCUCCGUCAACAUUUCCUUUGAAGAGCUGGGCUGGGACAAGUGGAUCGUGCACCCCAGCAGCUUCAUAUUCCACUACUGCCACGGGACCUGCUCCGAUGCCCAAAUGUUCACCCAUAAGCCCAACUUGCAAAUGUGCUGUGCAGCCUUGCCAGGUACCAUGCGCUCCCUGCGGGUCCGCACUACUUCAGACGGUGGCUACUCUUUCAAGUAUGAGACAUUACCCAACAUCCUCACCCAGGACUGCGCCUGCAUGUAGCAA